AUGUCCGGCCAAUUCGUCUGGAUCAACGGCAUGCCCGGCGUCGGCAAGCUCACCGUCGCGCGCGCCCUGCACGCCCUCCUCCCCGGAUCGCACCUCGUCGACAACCACUCCCUCAUCGACCAAGUCACCGUCCCACGCUCCAACCCCUCCUACAACGCCGAGCGCGAGCGCGUCCGCGACGCCGUGUACACCUCGCUCGUGCACCCUUCCUCCGACGAGGAGAGCGCGUGCGGGGAUCAGGCGGCGCAGCUCGCGCACGUCGUCAUUUUUACCGACUUUUUCACCGCGGGCACCAUUGGCGCGGAAUGGUCGCAGGCGCAUCAGAAAGCGGCCGCCAAGGCAGGCCGUCCGUUUCUGCCCGUCUAUCUGACAUGUGAGCGCCAGGAAAACCUGCGACGCGUGACGAGGCCGGAGCGUGGCGAGAAGGGAAGUAGCAAGCUCACGGAUGUGGAAUUGGUGCGGAAAUUCAUGGACGACUCCAAGAUUUAUAAAUUUCCUGGCAUCGGGAUCGACAUUGACACGACGGCGAGGGUGCCAGAGGAGACGGCGCAGCUAAUACGGGAAGCAAUGGAUGCUCAACUACGCGAGACGCGAGCAUGA